GUGUCUGUGCACAGUGGAAUCAGCAUCAUGGCAGCAGUGAACCCUGAUUUCUUACUCUGACAUAUUCCACACAGUCACUCUUGUGUUUUGUUGAAGCGGUGAACUGUAACCAGAGUAAAGAAGCCAGAGAAAAGUUGAAAGUCUGAUUCGUAAGGGUCUGUUGCAGAGGUACCUCCCUGUCCUCUCAUCAUGGCCAGCGGGGAUGACGACGACCCCAUCAUACAAGAGUUUGAUGUAUACCUGGCCAAGAGUCUUGCGGAGAAGCUGUACCUUUUUCAGUAUCCCGUGCGACCCUCGACUAUGACAUACAACGAUGCAACUCAUUUGUCUGCCAAAAUUAAGCCGAAGCAACAGAAGGUGGAGCUUGAGGUGGCCAUGGAUACAAUGAGCCCAAACUAUUGCCGCAGUAAAGGGGAACAGAUUGCCCUCAACGUUGAUGGCACUACAUGUGACGAGUCCAAUCUGUAUUCUGUAAAAAUGAUGGACAAGCAAACCUUGACAUCUAUUCAGGCAACCACAGACACGUCUCGCUAUGCAGUUGCUGUUAUUCGCAAAGGUGAGAUCCACCUGACGCCACUGCAGGGCAUCCUCCAGAUGCGGCCCAGCUUCACCUACCUGGACAAGGCCGACACCAAGCACCGCGAGAGGGAGGCAGCUAACGAAGAUGGGGGCUCCUCUCAGGAUGAGGCAGAGGACGAUGUGAAGGCGAUUACUGUGCGGUUCUCUCGUCCGGAGUCGGAGCAGGCUCGCCAGCGGCGUGUUCAGUCCUACGAGUUUCUGCAGAAGAAGCAGGCGGAGGAGCCCUGGGUUCACCUACACUACCACGGCAUCAAGGAUGGGCGUUCGGACCAUGAGAGGCAGUACCUGUUCUGCCAGUCCAUGGGCACCACGGAGAACACAGAGCUGGUCAAGACUCCUGGCGAGUACUUGGCCAUGCUGAUGCCUCCAGUAACAGAAGAGAAAGUUGUGAAGCCCACUGGCCCCAGUAACGUGCUGUCCAUGGCCCAGCUGCGCACCCUGCCCCUGGGAGACCAGGUCAAGACACUCAUGAAGAACGUGAAGGUCAUGCCGUUUGCCAACCUGAUGGGCCUGCUGGCUCCGGGCACCGACUCCACCGCAGUACUGCGAUGUAUUCAGCAGGUGGCGAUGUUGGUACAGGGCAACUGGGUCGUCAAGAGUGACGUGCUGUACCCCAAGACAAGCUGCAGUCCCCACAGUGGCGUGCCUGCCGAGGUGCUCUGCAGGGGAAGGGACUUCGUGAUGUGGCGCUUCACUCAGGAGCGCUCGGUGAUGAGGAAGGAGGUGGCUGCGCUUAUAAAGCUGCCCCCUGAGGACGUGAAAGACUUCCUGGAGCAAAUGUCGUCCCCCAGGGUGAACCGCGGCUGGGAGUUCCUGUUGCCCAGCGACCACGAGUUCGUCAAGAAGCACCCCGACGUGGCCCAGAGGCAGCACAUGCUCUGGCUGGGCAUCCAGGCCAAACUGGAGAAGGUGUUUGGUUUCUCCAAGGAGGACUUUGCCCCAAAGAAGGAUUCUCAAGCAGAUCCGGUCCACGUGAGCGGCGAACAGCGUCUGAAGACAGCGCGGGACGGCGCCCGUGACAACCAGGCGUCGCUACAGAGGGACCUGGACGCCCGCCGCAAAGGCCCCGCCCAGAAGCCCUCAGGCGCCGCCUCCAGGAUCACUACCUCCACCUCCCCUCCCCCCGUGUGCAUCAAGGAGGAACCCCUCAGCGAAUCGGAAGACGAGGCCAUGGACCUCUCGGACAACGCCGGGCCUGGCCUGGCCAACGGCUCGCUGAACGGUUACCCGGGCUCCCCCAACGGCUCCACGUCGGACACCCAAAAUGGCGGACACACAGGGGGCCCGGGGCCGGAGCUGCAGGACUUUGUGCGCUCGACGUUCCGCCGCCACUUUGUGCUGACGUUCAGCGAGAUGAAGCGUCACCUGAACCUGCACCUGGCGAGCCAGCCGCCGGGACACUGCCCCUUCGGCACAGUGCCCGACCGCACCCUGCAGGACGCCAUCCUGUUCUGCCAGUGCCGACAGAUCGUGGUGCCUUUCCCUCCUCAGAUCAAGCUGGCUACAGACGAGCAGAAGGUGUUUGGCCUGUGGGAGUCUGGGGAGACCUUUGACAGGUACCGACAGAUCCUGUUUGAGCUGUUCUCGAAGAACUAUCGGGUCAGGAAGAACGUGGUGAUGGCACGCCUGAAUCAGGAACUGGGGGACGAUGUCACCAAGUCCGACGUGGACCGGCUACUCAAGGACUGCUGCACCACGCAGGGAGGCAUGUGGUAUCUAAAGGGAACCAUGCAGUCGUGACGAAGGGCGCCGGAACCCUGUCACUGGGUUCUAUCACUCACCACCACCACCACUCCCCCAACCCCCCUCCUCCCCUACAUCAGGGCCCAGUGAGAGAGGCCUCUGGCUGGGGAAGCCUAGCAGCUCACGCCUGGGGAGAUAAAAACAAAGAACGCCCGUGAUUGGUCGGUUGGAUGAUUGGAAGAGAAUUCCAUCAUCUGAUUGGCUCUUGGCGACAAUUUGCUUUUUUCGUCAACGCAGCCGAACACAAGAUGCCAGGUCGAUAUGUAAACAUUAAGCCCUGCAAGAGUGAACAUGAUGCACGUACUCACAUACACUCUCUCUCACACACACACACACACACACACACACACACACACACACACACACACACACACACACACACACACACACACACACACACACACACACAACCCCCAUCACGCACAGACACUUAACUCUAUUACACACACACACACCCCUCCGGUCCUCAGAAGGGCAAGCGAGUUCGUUGGAGCCAGAGCAUGUACAUGAAGAAAACUGAACUGGUUGGCAGAGUUUUGAGCAGUUGGUGUGAAUGAGUGUAAAUGAUACUGUAGUACUUCAUUUCAGUUUCCUCUUUUUUUUUCCAUUUUAAUUUAAAUAUAGAAUAGUGUCUAAAAUAUAAUAAUAAUAAAAGACAGUUCAGAGUUCUGA